CAACCUCAAGGCUCACGGGUCCUCGACACACUGCGCAAUCAGACAGCUGGCAUCCCUUCCAGAAGUCAUUCACUAGCUGUACGACGAACGCUGCUGCAUUACUCCAUGAUCUCUUACCCCGACUUCUGACCUCGUGGACUUUCUCACAGCAAUCUAUCCGCAACUUGCUCCCCGCAUUCCUGCACUCGUUGUCUAGCAACCAACCGCAACAUCGAACCGAAUUGCGAGCAUAACGAACCAAGGCUCCGGGAAUUGAUUUCCAACACACCGCCAUCUAGCGAAUCUAUCCAGAAUUAAUCGUACAUCAUGUCUCUCGCCCGCGCCAUGACCAAGCGUAUGAAGCGCACCGUCGCGCCCGAGGACGCCAUGCCCUCCCGCAGCAAGAGCGCCAGGAACCCAACACUGCACAUCGACCGCGCCCAGAUCUCGCUGCCCGUGGCCCUGCUCUCGUCAACAAACACGCUCGUCUACGAUGCCCCGGACCUGGCCACCACCAGCAUCUCGGGCCGCUCGCGCGCGUCCUCGCAUGGCAGCCGCGACACCCAGACAGACGCCUCGUCCGUCGAGUCGUCGCCCACCUCGCCAGCACCCAACCAUCUCUCCGGCUACUUCCCAUCGCCGACCGGCAAGCCGCUGCGCAAAUCAGCCUCCGUCCACUCCCUCAGCCAGGUCAAGGAGAACCCCUCAGAGCCCGCGGAGCCCGUCCCCGCGCUCCCGCAGCGCGCACAGAGCCACUCCAAGCGCGCACACGUCCAGCUCGCUCACGCGCGGUCGAUGCAGCACCUCUCGCGGGGCGCCAGCAUCAGCUCGCGGGGCUCUUUGGGCUCGUUGCGCGAGCAGCGCAGCUCGGUGGACAUGUUCCGUCCGGCGACAGCGAGUGCAGAGCCCGCGCCGUUCGCAGCGGAGCUGGCGCAGCUCAGCGCCGUGGCGGAGGAGUUCAGCGGCGUUGCGCGCAGCGCAGAAGAAGAGGCGGAUCUCGAGUGCAUGCGCGCGCGCGGGCUGGCGCGGUUCUGCGCCGAAGAGUAUGUAGCUGAGAUUGAGCCGUUGUUCAGGAAGCUUGUUGCGCCGCGGAUGGCGUGGAUUUAGACUCUGCAUUGUGGGAUGGGCUGGGGUGCUUCCUGUGUAUACUUUUGCUUGGCUUGGGGAUAUUUACACGCUCUUUGGUAAUCACUAUUCUCCCUCUCCCUCAAGAUUUGUUUCUUUGGUCGCUCAGACGGG